UCAGGUCCCAUCGAGACGAUCCUUCCCACACGUUCCGUCGUCAAUCAGAAUGAACCGCGAUGGUGGGAACAGUUUUCGAUACAUCGAAAAAGCGAUGACUACCUUAGCGGAAGUUGCGAAGUACGACAUCUAUGGAAAACUCAGACCGAUAUGUCUUUAUCGUGUUUGGGAUUUAUCGUCGGAAUCGGUAACAUGAUGCGAUUUCCAGGGAAAGUCUGCGAAUAUGGAGGCAUAUUCUUCGCUCCCUACAUAUUCUGUCAAAUAUUCAUUGGCUUUCCGAUGCUCUAUUUGCACCUGUGUAUCGGACAAUAUGCUGGCCAAACUGCUGACAUUGCCUUUCAACGUCUUAUGCCGAUUACUUGUGGUUCGCAUUUCGUACUAUGUAUUCGAAAAAUUGAAAAGUUAAUUGGAACGAUUAAUUCGGAAGGAUAA